AUGACGCCGGAAGAGAAGUGCAAGAUGGCAGUCGGAGCAGUGAAGAUUGAAGCAGAUGCUUACAUGGUUUGUUUGACUCACGCUCUAUCGACUGAAAGGGAAGAAGUUAUGGGCUUGUUAAUCGGAGAGGUAUUUUACUGUCGUCAUUGCCACCUUUCAGCUGUUUUGAAGUAAUGGGUAUAAAAGUCACUUCUUUUGAAUUGUAAACACCCUAAGUGCCUCACUAGUGAAAUCAAACUUUGUAAAUAUUGUGGGUAUAUGGUUAGAAUUGUGUAUGUAUUGGAAUUUUUCUUAUCAUUAAGAAACUAUAGUCUGCAGAAUUGUGAUUUCUCGACCUGUUGCUGGUUAAAAACCCACAAUCCCUCGUGUAUUCGAGUCAAAGACAGCUGGCUUAAUUUCAUUAUUCAGCCAUACAUUGGUUGUCACAAUCUACUGAUUUUCGUUUCCCCGGGACAUAUCCAUUCUCCAUAUAUCGAUCUAAAUGCUCUUCGUUUCAAAUUGUACUCUCAUAUAUUUGGUGUAUGAUCUCUUUCUUCUGUUCCUCUUUUAGGUUGAGGAUGAGAGAGUAGCUCAUAUUUAUUCAGUUAUCAUGCUUCAGAGACUGGACAAGCGGAAGGAUCGGGUGGAGAUUUCUCCAGAACAAUUGUCAGAUGCCUCAACACAGGCAGAGGUAAACUAUCAUGAUCUUAACGGGUCGAAGAAAUGGGUCAACAAGCUGCAAUCUUCAAUUGAUGGUUUGACUUUAUAAUUUAAGGCAACUUUAAAUCAUGGGACAAACCAUUAAGUAUUCAUUCAUGGUUAUAAAAGCAAUGCUUAAACAGAUAAGUUGCAGUAUUUUUCUUCUGAUAUUUCAGAGGCUUGGUAUGUUGACGUCAAAACAGCGACCAAUGAGGGUGAUUGGUUGGUAUCAUUCUCAUCCUCACAUCACUGUUUGGCCAUCACAUGUUGGUAAGUUCCUGAUGUGAUAGCAUGCGAUCAUUAAUAUAAAGUCAAGCCUGAUGCCUUAACCCUUAUUGUCAACUAUACAAUUGUUAUAUUGUUAGUUCAGAGAAUUUAGUAGUGGAUCAACUAAUAAUCCCCAAAUUGAUAUUUUGCUCAAUUCUCAUCACUUAUCUGGUUGAUAUUGUAUUGAUAUUGUAAGGAGAAAUUCUGUCUUGGUCACUCAUGGGAGUUAAAGGGUUAAACCCUUUCACCAAGAAAUAAAUAUUAUUAUUUGAGAACUGUCUAAUGGCUGUCUGAUAAUCUGCUUCAUGAGACUGUUAGGUUAGGACCCCUUUUAUCUUUAGACAUUAGAGGGAUGAUAUAUUAAACUGGAAAAAGGAAAGAAAAGCAGUUAUAGACAGAGGCUAAGAGAUUUGCCCAAAUGAGAUGGAUGUCUUUAUUGUCAAUGCAUAUCAUGCUUUCCUAUUGAGUUACAAUGAAAUGACACUUAAGUGGUAAGUAGUGGGAAAAAGGGUAAUUUUAGUAUUAUCAACUGAGUUGAUAAAGUAAAUUGGCCACAGUUAAGAGUUUAAAAGCUGGAGUUUUGAAUGCUAUCCCUCCUUCAAUUGCUCUGAUGAAGGUCUGAUGAAGGGCUAAUGCUGAAAAUGUCCACUUUUAAACUCUUUUUAUAAAAUAAUUCAAAUAGUAUGCGCGCUCUGAUUGGCCAUAAAACCAUUUUACAUGAGCGUAUGUAAACAAGGUUUUCAUUCCUCUUUCAUUAGUUAUUUUAUAAAAGAAAUGUAAAAUGGUUUCCAUGUUUACAUAGCCUGAUGUAAACACUUGGGAGGUUGGGAGAACACUCAAUAAGCUGGAAACCACUCCACUUCACAUUGUGGUUUCCUACACUUAUCUUGUGUUCUCCCAACCUCCCACAUGUUUACAUCAGGCUAUGUAAACAGAGAAACCAUUUUACAUUUCUUCAACAGUGGCUAAUUUAUGUUAUCAACUCAGUUGAUUAUGCUAAAUUACCCUGUUAUACUCUCUCACCAAUGCAGCUCUGCAGUUUCUUUAGAAACUUACCUCCUUUAAUUCAUUAGUGUAAAAAAAGGUAGACCGUGAAUUGAUGCAGUAAUGAAAUAAUUCUACUUGUGCAAUAGACCUACGGACUCAGGCCUCUUACCAAUUUAUGGAUGCAGGAUUUGUUGGCCUUAUCUUCUCUUGUUUCAAUACUGAUACAAAUUUGGUGAGUGGCUUACAUGUAGUAUUUAACCCUUUCACUUCCAAAUGUCAUUACUUUAGUUAUUCUACUUACUGUCUGCCAUACUAUUCAACUUAUGUUAGUUUGGAGAGUUAGGAAUUGGAUCAAUUAGUAAUCCCCUAAUUGAUACUUUUCUUUGUCAACACUUGUCUGCUUAAUAUUGUAUUGUUAUUAUUGUGAGGAGAAAUUCUAUUUUGGUCACUCGUGGGAGUUAAAGGGUUAACUUUUCUUGAACUUGACUGCCAUAAAAUAAUAAUUACAGGAAUGUGGCAAUCUCUUUUUGGUCUGAAGUCAAAGUAAAUACACAUUUUCUUAGAUAUCACCUAAGUUCUGUCAUUGGUAAAAAUGAAAAUUUGCCCCUUUCUCCUUGGUUUCCUUGGUAUCAAGCCUUGAUAUAGCAUGUGAUUCUCUCAUGAUGAAUACCAGCUAUCCAGUACUCAAUUCAAUUCAAUUCAAUUCAAUUUUAUUUGUUAGCAAUACAAUAUUAUCACAGACCUAGGUGACCCGCAAUUAGCAAGCUAUUCUAGGCGGGCCACCCUUCUAAAACAAGUGCUGUCUCUGCUAAGGAUCACAUACCGAUACAAUUAAACAAAGAUAAUCAUUAAUAAAAAUACAAUUGUUAAAUAAAAUAAAAUAAAAUUAAGUCCGUUGAAUAAUUAAAUAAUCAAUUGCAAAGUUAUCAAGAUAUAUAAUACAAUUGAAACAAGACUUAAACGAAGAGUUACUUUAUCAAGAGAUAUUUACAAAUUUCAGAGCAGCGUAUAUCAACAUUCAUCUCCUCAAUUUCCAAAAGUUUUAACAGGCGAUUUUUAAGUUCACGCUUAAACGGGGUUCUGUUUUUAAUACGAAGUUCUUUUGGGAUGCUAUUCCACAAUCUUACACCUAUUCUAGCAAAAGAAAAUAAAAGUUGGUUAGUUCUAGACGCUUUAACGUACAGAUUAGCCGUUGCUGAGAAUCUUGUGAAAUGGUGAUGAACCUGCUCGGAGUGGAUAAAGAGCAUAGAAAUAUUAGACGGGCACGGUGAUUAUCAAUGUCAUGCAUCAAAGAGGAAACCAAAUGAGAAUAGAGCAUAGUUAUUGGUAAGAUUCUGGAGUUAACAAAUAGCGGGGCACUAUGAGAUUUGCUAUCCCAAAAAAUACAUUAGUCGAGAGCACGUUUUUGUAAAAUGAGAACCUUAUUUAAAUGAGUGUUAGCAGCUUGUCCCCAGGCAAUAAGACCAUAAGAGAUAUAGGGUUCAAUUAAGGAGCGGUAGAUGUUAAGAAGUGUGGCAAAUGGGACAAGAUGUCUUAACCUGGCAAUUAUACCAAUUCCUUUACUAACUUUAGAUGAGAUAUAAUCAAUAUGAUACUUCCAAGAGAGGUUAUUAUCUAUCAGAAUUCCUAGAUAUUUCACAAAAAGUUUUUGUUCUAGAGAUACACUUUUUUUUUUUAAGAUCGUUAUUAUAAAUUUUCAAGUGAACUAUGUAGUCCAAUUUGCGUUGGUAAGGAUGGAAAAUAACAAAGUUAGAUUUACUAGUGUUAAGAGAAAGUUUGUUUGCGUCCAACCAGUCACCCACUUUUUAUGAGUUCAUCAUUAACAACUUUUUCAAGAUCCUUAAGAUCUUUGUUUGAAUAAAGCAAGUUAGUAUCGUCAGCAAAUAGGUAAAACUCAAAAAUCUGGGAGCAACGGUAAACUGUCGUUAACAUAAAUCAAAAAGAGAAGGGGGCCAAGUACAGACCCUUGAGGGACACCACAAACUAUCUCUUCUAUAUUCGACACGGUUGAACCAAUUUGAGUCGACUGGUUCCUGUUCAACAAGUACGAAGAGAACCAGUUAUUAAUUAUUCCUCUGACUCCAUAAUGAUAUAAUUUGUGCAGUAAGAUUGAGUGAUCCACCGUAUCAAAAGCCUUUUUUAGGUCAAUAAAAAUACCACAAGAGAAUAACUUUGCAUCAAUAUUAGUUUGAAUUUUGCUUAAGAUAUCUAAAAUUGCAUGUUGGGUUGAACACUUGUCUCUAAAUCCAUAUUGAAACAAACAAAGGUAGUCUGGUCAGUAGAUUACUGGGUGGUGUAAUGUUGCUUGACCCUUCACACCCUAACAUCAGUAUGUAUUUUCUCCCUACUGUUCUCUAUACAUUUCCUGAAGUGCUGACAAGGAGAAUUUGUUUAAAAUCAAGAGCUUUAUUAAUUGGUGAUCAUUUCCUUGAUUCUCAUGAUCUUAAUGUUUGAUUCAGGGCUGAUAUUGUAAGGAGAAAUUAGAAGCUGGUCAAUCUUAGGGGUUAAAAGGUUACAGUUUCUUUUUUCUUAACCAAACAUUAAUAUCUUGUCACCACUCUAUUAGUUAAGGUUCUCCAAUGGUAAGUUUGAAAAAGUUAAGCUUGGAGCCCUGUUUAGUAACUUUUUUACCCUCAUGAUUCUUUCAGGGUGGCCAUUUAAAAGUGUAUUGUUUUCAGUCCGUGAACAUCAAGCCUGAGGGGAGUCCUCCACAGUAAGUUCACUUUCCAUACUCCUAUAGUCACCAGGAAAAACCAGCUGAAAUAGCUGAUAUAAACUCCAAGCAGCAGCAUUCAGAUCUGUUUUGCUCAAGACACAAAUUGAAAGCAUCAUCUACCAGUGUCUGGUUUAAAUAUAUAAUUGGAUUCCAUGUUCAGAAUUUGCAUGGAUGUUCAUGCUUACCAUAAGUUUAACUGAAUAGUUCACAGACAUGAAAUUUGAUGAAAUAACAUAGUAUCCAUACUGUCUUUUAUUUGCCACAUACUUUCAAACUUGGUGACAGCCCUGUAGGGGUAUCUUUGGUCAGUUCUUGUCAUGGAUUAGGUGUAAGCUCUGCAGCUACAUGUAUCUAAUUCAAUUUGAUAUGUGGACUUGAUUUAGAUGGUUUGAUCUCAGUUUUUUCUAAAGGGUGCCUUAGGCCAUGUGAUAUAUAUGUAUUAUUUUUUAUAACCAAGUGCUCUGUAUUUUCUUAUUGCAUCAGAUAUCAGCGAGCUGACAUUGAGCUUCAAAUAGUUCAUACAGAGGUUUUGUCAAAGGCUACUUUAAACAGCUUGUCAGAACUGCCACAAAUACUCUCAAAGGUGAGGUGAUAGAAUGAUUCCUUAAAGUAGGGUGAUUCAUUUCAAAAACUAAACUCAGGAAAAAAAAAACGAAGUCUGUGAAGACCACCUUUGCAUAGAUAUACAUGUAUAGAUAAACUUUUCAUUUCUCUAUCAAAGGAUUUAUUUGGACUCUAGAAUCAUUUGUAAGUUGCCUACCAAAACUACAGUCAACUAGAUAAAAAGAGGAUAAGUUUCUAAAGAAACUGUGGUGCUGCAUUGGUGGGAGAGUAUAACAGGCAAUUUAGUGUUAACAACUGAGUUGAAAACAUAAAUGAGCCACCAUAAAGAGUUUAACCCUUUAACUCCCAGAUCAAAUGUUUCAUUCUCCUUACUGUCAACCAUACAAUUCUUGUAAUGCUAGUUUGGAGAAUUAAGUAUUGGAUCAAGUAAUUAUCCCCAAAUUGAUAUUUUUCUUUAUUCUCAUCACUUAUCUGGUUGAAAUUGUGUUGAUAUUGUAAGGAGAAAUUCUGUCUUGGUCACUCAAUUGCCCUUUCAUUGCCCUUUGGUAGCCCUUUUUGACAAAGAGCUAAUGCUCAAAAUGUCAGCCUUUAACCUUGUUAUGGUGGCUAAUUUAUGUUUUCAACUCAGUUGUUAACACUAAAUUACCUGUUACAGUCAACUAGGUUUACUAUGCAAUUGAUCACUGGUGAAGUCCAGCAGGAAACUUAUCCAAAGUAGUUAAUUGAUAAAUUUUAAUGCAUGAUUUUAUUUAAAUGUUAAUUAAAUCUAACACUUAUUGCUUAAAAUAUAAACCAUCAUUUCAAAUACGAAAAAAAUUAUUUUUAAAGAAAAUGAUGGUUGUUGAUUCACACCAGGUUGCCCUUGAACCAAUGACAGUACUUUAUUAAUACUUGACUACUUAAUAAAUGCAGACAGACAUUGCUGAUGCCUUGUUUUCUUUUUUAUUCAUUAAAGGAAGAAGAAGAGGCAUAUAGUAAAACUUUGAAGUAAGUUUUCUAUCAACAGAAAUGCUUGCUAAAAAAUAUUAUCGUUUUACCUUUUAGUUUUGUGUACAGCUUAGUAUCUUCCUUAGUGCUGAUGUUUAUCCACAGAGACACUAACAGAAACCAAUGACACUAGACAAAGGGUUUGUAUCGAAUCAUGUUAACCCUUUAACUCCCAGAUCAAAUUUGUAAUUCUCUUUAUUGUCAACCAUACAAUUCCUAUGAUGUUAGUUCAGAGAAUUUAGUAUUGGAUCAACUAAUUAUCCCCAAAUCGAUAUUUUAUCUGGUUGAUAUUGUAUUUAUAUUGUAAGGAGAAAUUCUGUCUUGGUCACUCAUGGGAGUAAAAAGGUUAAAGGGGUUAUUAGUCCAUGUUCACUUAACUCUUUUCACUCCCAAGAUCUUAUUAAUAAUUCUCCCUACUGUUUGCUAUACAAUUUUUAUGGUGUUAGUGUGGAGAAUUUGGAACUGGAUAAACUAGUCCCCUAAGUGAUACAUUUCUUUAAUAUCAUUUCUUGUCUGCUUGACAUUGAAUUGAAAGGUCAAGGAGAAGUUCUGUCUUGGUUGCAAAAUGCCAAGUGAGAGUAGAUUAUUGGGAUAAGAUAUGCGAUGAAGUAUUUUUGUGUGGAAAGGGUGAACAAGUCAUGAGUCAAGUUUAUCAAAACUUGCUCUGCCUUAAUCCAGAUUUAGUUGGUAUGGCGAAGCAAUAGUGUGCUCCAGAGGUAGUGGUGGCCAGCAUUUUAACCAACUACUUGAUUUGACGCUUAAAAGUGUUGGCUGGUUUAAUUAUAAAAAGCAGUAAAAUACUUGUCUUGUUCUGGUACAAAUUUUACCCAUUGUUGGCUGGUGUUAUUUUCAUGCCUGGCUUCUCAAAAGAAGUUUUUUUAAAAACUAAUCCUGGAUUUAUUUCAUAAUUUCACAAUUAAAAUUGUGUUUUGAACAAUGCAGCCAAGGUUCUUUCAAAAUGCUCAGACAUUUUUUCUGCUCUGAGUCAUUUUAUUCAAGUGAUCACAGCUGGGUAUUUUGUCCACUUGUAUGAAACUUAAAUUUACCAUUUUUCUUAACAGCUCUAAGGAUUUAUUAACAGCAGUUCAUAAUAGUACAGGUUGGUAGAGGCAUUUAUUGAAUCUAUAAUGUGAUUUUAGUCAUUUUGUGAACAAUGUUUUAGAAAAUUUGGUAGAGGUGGGAUUCUUGGAUGGACAAAUUGCUUACUCCUAUAGCCCUUGUUGAGUCAGCCCUGUGAAUAUCUUUCCAGGAACUUUUGUGCUGCAAGUGAUUAACAGAUUGUACUUCUUCUCUUUUGUGACCAUGCAAUGUACUUGCCUUAAGUUCCUGAGUGUGUGUUCUUAGCAGAGGAAAGAAUUCUUGAAAUAGCAAAUUUUCAACUCCUUUUUAUUUAAUCUUGAAAACUUCAGCAGUACUUUGUCUUCAAAUGUAUUUGAUUAAAAUAAGUCAAUUAAUAAGCUGAGGGAAUAAGUUUAUUCUGUCAUUUAAAAAGGCAUCAGUGUUAUUCCAGGUCAUUCCACCCUACUGCAUUUUCACCCAUCUCCCCACACAUUCCUCUUCACCCUCUACUAUCCUUACUCCCCACUUCACUCCCACCCCCCCCCCCCCCCCCCCCCCCCCCCCUCCCCCCCCCCCCCCCCCCCCCCACUUUUGCUUCCCCCAAUUCUGCAUUACUCAGUAUCUCUUCUUACCUUAUUUCUGUUUUGAUUAAAUGUUUUUUUUUAUUAUUUUGGCAGUUUUUACCAAGGCUUUGUGUCAGCUCAUGGAGGUUAUGUGUGGACCUCUUCUUCAAACUUUGGAGAACAGAUUACAGGUGAAUCUCAAAAGAACAGCAGCGCUGGAAACCGAGAAAGAGACGUUGGAGAAAGAGAUAAACAGUGUGAAGGCGGAAUUACAGGGAUCAAUGUGAGAGAGAGAGACAGCUAAGCUAUUUAUAACAAAGAUUAUAGCUGAAAAUAAGCUUAAAGAGAACUCGGUCACUUCAGAAAGACUGAGAUGCGAGAUAGUGUAAAGAUAUGGCGAACGUCUUCUUGUGGAGAAAUAAAAAUAUCCCCCCUUCCUUUUACCCCCUGCGAGAGUCAGAGAAAGUGUGGAGAUUGGAACCGAAAGUGCGCGGGGAUGAUGCGUGCCUGAAGGAACCAUUGAGACACUCUUGGAUUAAUUGUUCCUGGUGCUGAUGUCGGAGGUACAGAUUUUGAAAGCAUGAAAUUUUUGUGGCCUUUUUCCCAAAGACACAUCUUUCAAGUCAAGUGUGAGGAGACUCGUGUUUUAUUUAGAAGAACCUUGAUGUUGAUACUCUGAUAUGUCGUGAGUUUAACCCUUCAACUCCUAGACAUUCUCAACAUGUAACUUCUCCCUAUAAUAUCCAUACAUUAUCCCGCGAAAAUGUAAUGAGAAUACUCAAACUUAUCAGGCAGAAAUUGCUAUUUUGAUCAAACAGCAAAUUCUUGUCACUAAUUUACAAGGAAAUGUGUAGCAGCUCGAGGGGAGAAUUGACAAUCAUAUCUUUGGAGUUAAAGGGUUAAAACACUCUAGGUAUGAUAUUUCUUUGUUUUAAAAGAAGUGUUUGGUUUUACCUCAAAUGGUAUAUAUCGGUUGAUCUGUCUAAAUCUUUUUCCAUGGAGUGCCAACAAAUUUGAUCUCGAGAAAAAAUUUUUAAAUAAAAGUAAAUUUCAGAGACACCGCUUCUCGAAGAAAAAAAUGCUUCCACGAUUGGUACAUAUACUUACACAAACUUAAUUUAAACACGAAAUUUGAG